UGGGAAAAGAAGGAAAAUGGGGUCAAGUCGUAGAAAUAAAGGAAGGCAUCGUGUUAAUGAACCUCUGGAAGAAGAUUCCGAAAACACCAGGGCUGAUGAAGUCCUUGAAACAAUGAAAAUGCCAGAGACAAUGACCCAGGAAGAAUCAAGUCAAAGCAUAGAGUAUGAUGCUAACCAGUCUGUGACACUUGACAGCUCCAUGCUUUCAAUAUCUCCACCUGGUUUUUCUUCAGAUGUUCAGAACUCCAAAGUGUUUGAGAAAUCAAUGGAAGCAACUCUGGAAGGAUUAGAUACAUGUGACACUCUACAUAGUGAGGAAUUCAGAGCUGAUCUUCAUCCAGAAGAUGCUGAAAGGAGGCACCUGAAGAAGCUAUGCCAACAGACAUACAAGAAGGUUCCCAAACUGAUUACACAUCUGAAAGUGGGAUAGAUGAUGCCACAGAAAAAACUGAAAUUGUUUCUGAAACUUUAAUGGAUCAAACUGAAAUCAUUGACACUUACCAAUUUGAUCUGACAGUGAAAAGUGUUGAUGAUUCUUCAACCAAACAGGAAGUUUCAAAUUUGUAUGACCAACAGGGAAUAGAAAUCAGCUCAUGGAUUACUGAGGAUCAUCACAUGUAUGACACCCAGACACCACAGAUAAGUGGGACAGAAAUAGUCGAUACAGCACAAGUACAGGUAUAUGAGUUUGGAAGCACAGAAGAGGAUGAUCUAAGAACCACUGCUGAACAAACAUGUCAUCAGCAGAGGGAAGAACUCCUUUUUGAAACAGACGAUCGAAAAUCUCCUUUAAAAAUGUUUCAGUCAGAAACAAAGGCUGAUUUUGAUUCCCAACCUCAGGACAAUUCUGUAAUUGUAGAUGAACAAAGUGACGCUGGCUUCAACCAUGGUGGCAACAGCAGAAAAAUGGGAUUGAGUCGCAGAAAUAAAAGAAAAGAGUUUAAGGACCCCGUAUCUGAAUCAUAUCAUGAACUUGCAGCUGAAGCUGAUGGAAAUACGAGAAGUGAUGAGAGCAGCGAAAAAACAAACAUACUUAUAACAAAAGAGACAGAAGAGAAUGAAAAAUGUGCAGAAACUGUACUUAAAGGAAUGGGCACAUUUGAAACUUCUCAGACUGAAGAAGAAAAUGUACCUAUUAACCCAUUUGUUUGCACUUCUGGUUCCACUACUGCUAAUGUAUAUUCAAGUCCUACAAUAGAGCAACUGGUAAUUGAUCAGUCACAUUACAUGCAAGUACCAGAUGAAAAACUUUCCAUUUUGUGUUCUGUUACAGAUACAGAGAGCAAUGAAAGAGAUGAAUGUACAGACCAGUCAAGGCACACAGACACAGCUGAGAUAAUCACAGAAAGAAACAGCCUCAGGGAACAGACAGAGGUUGAAUGCCAUGUCGAGCAAGAAAAAUUUCCAUUGCCAAAAGAGGUGUUGGCUACAAAUGGAGAACAACAUGAGGUUUUCAAACUAUCUGAAGUCAGCGGAUCCCAGCUUUCAGAGGAUGUUGUAAAUAAAUUGUUUGACGAGCAGAUUGACUCAGCACAAAUGGAAGAAGUGCAUCAAAUUGAUUACACCUCAGCUAUGGAGAGCAAAUCUUCUCUACCAACACUGCCAUCAGCUCAUAUAGACUCCCAUCCUCAGAGCACCGAAGAUGAAACUCACACAGGCCUCAACCCAUCAAGGAACAGAAGAAAACUGGGGUCCAGCCGGAAAAUUAAAGGACGGCCACAACACUUAGAGGAUCCUGUUCUGAAAGCAUAUAACGAACCUGAAGAAGAAGUUAGAGAAAAUGCCAGUGGUGAUGAAGCCCCCAAAAUGACAAACAUGUCAUCACCAACAGAGACAGCAAGGCAGGAAGAAUUAAAAGACCUUAAAGAUGACAGUACAUUUGUGGCAACAGACAUUACUGAAAAUGUAAUUGAGCAUGCAGGAUACAGCACAGUUAAACCAGACUUGAUGCAAUCACCACUAGCCUCAGAUCAGAUAGAUAACAUGCACAGUAUUUUACAUCAUGAUGACACAGUUAUCUCAAGGUUGCGCGCAUCCACAGUGCUUGACCAAGAAGAAGCCUCUCAGGUCCAAAACACAGAACCUUUAUACUAUGACAAAGAUUCAGUGGGGGAACAAAUUCAAGUUCAACAAACAGAUGAUGUGAGAGAAACUGUGGGAUAUGUUGCAACAGAAGAAUUGUAUAUGGAAGCGGGGAGUUCAAUGGAUGUUCAAGGUCCUGGACAGGAUGAAGUGGGAGAAAAAUGUGAGGAGUCUACAGUCGUGGCACCAGAGCAAGCCGUCAGUGUGUCCUCUGAAGGUGCAAUUUCUACGGCAGUGGAUGCAUUUGACAACCGACAAGAAAACAGUCAUUCAGAUCACAGUGAAAAUUCACAAGUGCACUUCCAACAGAAGAGAAGAAAGAUGGGUUCAACCCGCAAGAGUCAAGUCAAAAAGAAGCAAGAGGAAGACACAGACAAGAAGGAUGAAACUAAACCAAGUGACUUUAACACAGAAGCUGGCGUAAGAAGUCUUGAUAAGAUGGAAGAGGUGGAGGAGUCACCAUUAACUUCAAUGGCGUUUCAGAACCAAGUAUUACAGGAUACUUUUAAUGAACAUCAACCAUCGGUCUCUGUUUAUAAUGAGGGGCAUGAGCUACAAAGCAGUUCUGCUGACCUGCAGAGCACAGAGUGUAAUGUGAUACCAGGCACGGAUAAUUUAAUGGUUCUUCUUCCUGAACAGUCUCGCUCUCACAAUGAGGAAGUUCUUAAUUCAGUCACAUUUCUUAAGCUGACUGAUAUAAAUGAUGGUGAAAUAAAUGUAGACAUCAGUUUGGAGUCAACACAGCCAGAUGACUUUACAGGCACCGAGAUGCAAAAAACCUCUAGAAGAAACAGACGCUCAGUGAAUCAGCUGCUUCCUGAAGAAACUGAGACAAUUGCAAAUACCAGCAUCACAGGAGAGAGCUCAGAGUCAUUUGGCGAGAGCGCUCAUAGCACAUUAAUAGAUGAGGGAGGACCACAGAGUGUACAGGUAAUACAAAACCAAGAUAGUGAUGAACAAAAUCCAAACAACAUGAAUGAAGGAGCUCCAAGAAGUCCAAAUCUAAAUUCAAUGCACAGGAGAAGAAAGAUGGGCUCCACCCGCAGAAACCUUGGAUCACGAACCCAAGGAGAAGAGUCGCUUCAAAAAGCGGAGGUGGUUAAUGAGGCAACCGAGGCCGUAACCAAUACCGGUGUUGUAACAACCGAGAGAGGCCCUGGACUUGAAGAAAAAGAGCUGCGCCUCCACUCUGAAUACAAAGACGAUGGCGCUGAGCAAAGAAAAGAGAAUGUAUUUGAAACGGUGGAAUAUGGCCAUGUUGGUGAGUCCCAGUUAAAGCCUCUGGUUCAGCAGGCAGCUGAAGAAAAGCCUGUUUCUCAAGACCAACCAGCACAAAGAGAGAAUGAACUGACUCCAAAUGAGCUCCCGUCCUCCUCUCCCAAACAAGAUACAAUGUCAGAAUCAACAUAUGGAGGGAGGAGAAGAAAAAUGGGAUCUCACCGGAAGUCACGCGGACAUCAACCCCAAGAAAACCAAAGAACUACAGAUAUAGAAGAUGGGAGCGAUGUCAGUAUCAAAGAGGAAAGUUCGAUCAAGGCAGCUGAGCAGGACAGAGACAAACCAUCGCAUCUGGAGAAGAUAUCAGAGGCUGAGGAAAGUGAAAAGAAACCGUCAUCCAAUGUCAACAUAUCAAGAGAGCACUCAGCACCUGUGAGGGAGAAUACUCCGAGCCAGUUGAACUUUUUGAAUUCAGGGGUUAAUGUCAGAGGGGCAGACUCCAGAUUAAGUAGUUACAACGUGGUAAUGAUUGGAGACAGCAGCGUCGGGAAAACCUCCUUCAUGAAAAGAGCUCAAAGUGGGAAGUUUUCUCUGGAUUUGCCCGCCUCUGUUGGUGUUGAUUCCUGCACAUGGAAUGUGGUAGUGGAUGGAAAACCUGUGGUGCUACACUUAUGGGAUACAGCAGGUCAAGAAAGGUUUCGCAGCAUCACAAGGCAGAUUUUCCACAGAGCGCAGGCCUUUCUCUUGAUGUACGACAUCACGUCCAUUCAGACGUUUUCUGCAGUCAGCUACUGGGCGAACUGUAUUCAGGAAGCUGCAAUGGAAAACGUGAUCGUUUUACUUCUCGGGAACAAGAGCGACCGUGUUCAGCGUCAGGUUAAACCUCACCAGGGGGAAAGUCUUGCUAAGGAGUACAACUUUGAAUUCAUGGAGUGCAGCGCUGCCACGGGUGAAAACGUGGUCCAGGCUUUGGAAGUUGUGGCCAGGAUGUUGAGUCAAAGAAUUGGCACAAGAGAGGAAGCCACGGUGUUGCCCAAGGAGCAGGGGCAGAAGAAAAGCUCGGGUUGUUGCUGAACAAACACGUGUGUUGAAAUCCUGCAAACACUGGACAUGCUGUUCUGGCUCCUUUAAUCCAGAGUAAUGCCAUUAAUUUCAUUUCAUGUUUUCAUGUACGCACACGUUGAGUAGUAAGUUAAGUUUCCUUUUUUUGUUGGGCCUAAAAGUUUCACAAGACGGGAAACCACAAAGGGAACUGUGCCUUUGUGUGUCUACUAGCUAGCCGGUGCAAUAGAAGUUAUUACAUACUGCACAGCAAAUUUAUUUAUUUUUUUGCACUCUUAUUUUUAUUAUUACAUGUUUUUUAUUUUUUUUCCUUUCCGAAAUAUAAAAUCCUAUAUUUGUGUGAACUAAAUUAUCACGCAAGUCCCUAUUAGAGGGAUCUUAUUUCAGACUGAGAUGUGCUCAUUUCUUGAAGCUGUAACUAAUGUCACCUGGUAAACAGAAGUUUUGAGUAUUUAAAGAACAGUUUCCACUGAUCGAAUGUCUUGGAUUGUACAUCUGCUAAAUGCUCUACAACGUCCGUUCUUUUCAGAGGGCUAAAUGUGGCUUUACUUUAACACAUAUAAUGUAACAGUGUAUAUAUAUCACUUUUUUUUAUAACACCUCUCAGGUGGUUGCAGAAUCUGACUUUAAUAUAUAUUUUUGAGGCUCCUUUAAGUUUUAAAGCAUGCGAGAGCAAAUCGUUCCAUUUUAAGUAGCUGUUUAGUACAGUGUCAGUCAGUAACAAUAUUAACUUUGUAAUUAUUUUGUGUGUUUACCAUCUGCUCUAAAUGAACAAUGCUGGCAUCCGUCCUUGCUGUUUUCAAGCUGCCAGAUGGUCAAAUAAAUGUCAUGCCUCUGUAAUUAAACAUAGUGAGGGCAGUAACGUGAUCAACGGGUUUUCAACAUGAAUGUGUUUUUUUACAUUACAACGUUACCUGUCGUCAAAUACCUUCAAGAAAAGUCUUACAGUGUGAUGCCCUGUGCUUAAUAAACCUCCACAACAACG